CCAGUCACCGAAUUGAGAGGCGAUAUCCCCGCUCAACAUGGCUACAAUUGUAACCUCGACCAGGUUCACAGACGAAUAUCAGCUAUAUGAAGAGCUUGGAAAGGGUGCCUUUUCCGUGGUCCGACGAUGUGUGAAGAAAUCCACCGGCCAGGAAUAUGCUGCUAAAAUUAUUAACACAAAGAAAUUGUCAGCUAGAGAUCAUCAAAAACUGGAGCGAGAGGCUCGCAUCUGUCGCUUGCUCAAACAUCCCAACAUUGUCCGGCUCCAUGACAGUAUCUCAGAAGAAGGAUUUCAUUACCUCGUCUUUGACCUUGUUACUGGUGGAGAGCUGUUUGAAGACAUUGUCGCCAGAGAGUAUUACAGUGAAGCUGAUGCAAGCCAUUGCAUUAAUCAGAUCUUGGAAAGUGUUAGCCACAUCCACCAGCAUGACAUUGUGCACAGAGACCUCAAGCCGGAGAAUCUGCUCUUGGCCAGUAAGAUGAAGGGGGCAGCAGUGAAACUGGCAGACUUUGGUCUGGCCAUUGAGGUGCAGGGAGACCAGCAGGCCUGGUUUGGUUUUGCUGGCACUCCUGGUUAUCUGUCUCCUGAGGUCCUGAGGAAAGAUCCUUACGGCAAACCUGUAGAUAUCUGGGCCUGCGGUGUAAUCCUGUAUAUCCUCUUAGUGGGCUAUCCUCCUUUCUGGGAUGAGGACCAGCACAAGCUCUAUCAGCAGAUCAAAGCAGGCGCUUAUGAUUUUCCCUCUCCAGAGUGGGACACCGUCACUCCGGAGGCCAAGAACCUAAUCAAUCAGAUGUUAACCAUUAACCCAGCCAAGAGGAUCACAGCCGACCAGGCACUCAAGCACCCGUGGGUCUGCCAACGCUCCACGGUGGCGUCCAUGAUGCACCGUCAAGAGACCGUGGAGUGUCUGCGCAAGUUCAACGCCAGGAGAAAACUAAAGGGAGCCAUUCUCACCACCAUGCUGGUGUCCAGAAACUUCUCAGUGGGCCGGCAGCAUACCAGCCCCGCCGCCACCACCAGUACGGCCGCGUUGGCUCAGGAAGCAUGCAAAAGUUUACUGAACAAAAAGUCUGAUGGAGUUAAGCCACAGACAAACAACAGUAAAAACAGUGUAGUAAGCAGUACCAGCAGCACCAAAGACAGCAGCAUAUCAUCCACAGCACCAAUGGAACCACAGACUACUGUUGUGCACAACCCAGCUGAUGGCAUCAAGGGCUCCACAGAGAGCUGUAAUACCACUGAAGAGGAGGACAUGAAAGGUAGGAAAGUGUCAGCGGGCGGGGCUAGCAGUGACAGCGCAGUGGUCAGCCAAUGCAGUGCCUCUGAGGAGCUGACUCCUCAGACUGAGGUUCCUCCUCCUGGCCCACCACCCCCUGGCCCACAGCAUGAUGUUAAGCGUGUUGCUUGGAGCAGUUCAGGUCAGAACUCCUGUCCUGAAUUAGAACCUGCUGUAGCAGCCCCAGCCUCCACACCACCAGGGGGCAGCAGCACACAGCAGUCUCGCAAGCAAGAGAUCAUCAAGAUCACGGAGCAGCUGAUCGAGGCAAUCAACAACGGCGACUUUGAAGCCUACACGAGAAUCUGUGACCCCGGCCUGACCUCCUUUGAACCCGAAGCACUUGGGAAUCUAGUGGAAGGCAUGGAUUUCCACAAGUUCUACUUUGAGAACUUGUUAAGCAAGAACAGUAAACCGGUGCACACCACCAUCCUCAAUCCCCACGUGCACCUGAUUGGCGAGGACGCAGCCUGCAUCGCCUACAUCCGCCUGACGCAGUACAUCGACAGCCAGGGCCGCCCGCGUAGCUGCCAGUCGGAGGAGACGCGCGUGUGGCACCGCCGCGAUGCCAAGUGGCUCAACGUGCACUUCCACUGCUCAGGAGCCCCCGCAGCACCCCUGCAGUGAUUCCUACCAGGCAAAGCAUGCCUAAAGUCUGAAGCUGAUUGGAGCAUUUCUUCUCCGUGGUCGGAUUGGCGCCAGGAGCCCGGCCGGAAGAUGACCUCUUGAAGUUUAAAACGUGAGGGAAAAAAAAAAAAGCAACAAAGUUAAAAAUAUUUCAAAGCCAACCGAUGCCACCACCGCCUCUCCAGCCCCACCCCAGCUAUAUGUGGAGGGGCCGACCGUUGGCAGCGCCCCCGUCCUCUGGACGCUGCAUGCCUCUGAUGCCCACAGGGGGCGCUGUCUUGUCCUUCACACUUGUUCCCAUCCUUUUUUUUUUUUUUUCUUUAACCUGCCGUUCAGAAAGGGUGUUUAAAGUAUUAACGUAUUGUAAC